AUGGCCACCAUCAAUAUUCGCCGCGAUGUCACCGACCCCUUCUACCGCUACAAGAUGGAGCGUCUGCAGUCUAAGAUCGAAGGCAAGGGUAACGGCAUCAAGACCGUCAUUGUUAAUUUGAGCAGUGUCGCCCAGUCCUUGGCCCGUCCUCCUGCAUAUGUCAUCAAGUACUUCGGCUUUGAGCUGGGCGCCCAGACCAACACCAACCCUAGCGACGAUCGCUGGAUCAUCAACGGCGCCCACGACGCUAGCAAGCUCCAGGACUACUUGGAUGGCUUCAUUUCCAAAUUCGUUCUCUGCAAGAAAUGCAAGAACCCUGAGACCGACGUCAAUAUCAAAGACGGCCGCAUUGUGCUGGACUGCAAGGCCUGCGGCCAGCGUACCGACGUCGAUCUGCGCUUGAAGCUCAGCUCGUUCAUCUUGAAGAACCAACCCAAGAAGGGAAAGAAGGACAAGUCCACAAAGAAGGCCGAGCGUCGUGCCCGCAAAGAGGCCGAGGCUCAUGCCGACGAAGAGUCCCAGAACGGCGUGAGCCCUGGUGACAGUGCAUCCGACCAUGCCGAGGAGAACGGCGAAGUCGAGCUUGAAGCCGGCAGUGACGACGAGCUCACCCGUCAGAUCAAUGAGGGCGCCAAAGAAAUCGAUGUCGAGGACACCAAGGAGGUCCAAUGGUCCGUUGAUGUCUCUGAGGAGGCCGUCAAGGCUCGUGCCAAGGAGCUCCCAGAUGACCUGAAGCGUGCUCUCGUCGUCGAUGAUGAUGAAGAAGGUGCCAAUGGCGAGUCUAGCGACUACGACAUUUUCGGAAUUUGGAUCGAGAAAACCGCUGCUGACAAGGGUGGCCGCGAUCACCUUGACAAUGUCGAUAUCUAUCUCAAGGCCCAGGAACUCGGUAUCGAGAAGAAGCACCGAACCCUCUUUGUCCUUGCAUUGACGCUCUUCGAUACCAACAUCGUUAAGCAGAUUGAGAAGCGCGCCCCUAUGCUCAAGAAGAUGGUGACCUCCGAACGUCACGAGAAAGCUUUCCUUGGCGGCACCGAGAAGUAUGUCGGAAUCGAGAAGCCGGAGCUAAUCCCCAAGGUUUCUAUGAUCUUAGCCAAGUACUAUGAGUACGAUAUCAUCUCGGAGGAGACCCUCAAGGCCUGGGGCUCCAAGGCCAGCAAGAAGUACGUCGACAUCAAGACGAGCAAAAGCGUUCGCAAGUCGGCGGAGAAGUUCAUUGUGGCGCUGAACGAGGCCGAGAGCGAUGAAGAGUCUGACGAGGAGUAA